AUGUCGAGUGAAUCGUUUUUAGAAGAGCAAGAUAUUCCUGGUGCGUCACUUUGCGGUCGAAAGCCGUCUGAAUUUAAGAACGAAGAACUUAAAUUUUGGUUGAAAUGUAGAGGUGAUCCGGGCAAAGGCCUCAAAACCAAAGCUGAACUUGUAAAUCUUACUUAUAUUCUACCAGUCACUUGUAAGAUUUGUUCAAGUUUAAUAAUCACCUGAUUUCUUUAUCAGGGUAGAAGAGUAUAUCAAGACUGGAAAGGACAAAAAUAUCGUGGAUCCCGAUCCAAAUGUUCUGUACACUAAGCGUAAACAGCAAAUGUUGACUCCUCAAAUGUUGAUGCUAACAAACCGUUUGUCAAGUAUCCCUCUGAUGGAUGGAGUACGUCUCUUGAAAAGAUGCCUAUGUUCACCAGGGCAGAAAUGAACGAGCACAUAACCAGAUCAAGAAAAAGGAUUUCCAAUAUUCAACAUCAUUCUGUGCCAACCUCCUUAAGAAAAGCGAAGACAUUCCUCGAAGAUGAAUAUCUAAGAGAAAUAACUGCCGCAAGUGAUGACCGCUGUUUUUAUUUUCAAGCCAAAUGCUGCCAUAGCUUUAGAAAGAACGACCCCCCUCAUCAAUUAGAACUGGCGUUGUGUAUUUUCAAGGGAGACGUUUUAGACAGCAGCUGUACGUGUGUCGCAGGAAAGGCUGGAUUUUGCAACCAUAUUUCAGCCUUGAUGUUCAAAAUUUGCAAGUAUACCCUCUUUGAAGCGAAGACUACCAAGGAUCUAUGUCAAGAAAAGGACGAGAAUCCACAGUUGGCGUGUACAUCUCAGCUUCAAAGAUGGCACAAAAAAGGAGGCGGCGAAAACAUAGUUCCCCAGCCAGUUAUGGAGGUUUAUGUUACCAAAACGAAGCUUGAUGAGCCCAGCAGUUCAAGAGGAUCAGGUGGUGUGAAAUGUCUUCUUUAUGAAGCCCGGAAGCAGCCACAUUAUGACCCCAAGAAUGAGGCAUCUUUUAAGACAGAACUUGCUACAAUUGACCCAAACAUGGGUUUUGCUCAUUUGAAAUGUCCUCAUUCCAAGUUCCACGUGACCUCCCUUGAGGCAUGCUCGGACCCAAAUUUCUUUAUGGAGAAGAUAAGUGACACACAAUGUAGACUUAAAAGGGACCAUGCCUACUAUGGCCAGGUCCAGGGACAAAUGGGUGUGACGGGUGCGAAAUGGUGCGAUUUUAUUGUGUACACUAGCAAAGGGAUUUACAUUUAA